GUAGCGGGUGAGCGGUGAAAAUGGGCAAGGCGAGUCGCGCACUCGGCGCAUAAAAUGUCACGCAGCCCCUCCCCCCCCACGUUUGUGAAUCGCUCCAUCAACAGGUAGGCAGUGCGCCAGGUCGUUUAAGCGGUUACUUGGCUGCUGGCAAUGCCAAUCACGAUACCAUUUGUAGUACACGGGGGAGGGGCAGUUCCCCGUAAAAAUGGCGGCCAAUCGCAUCCGUUAUGCUUAAAGUCCCCCCAAUCACUUCAUUUUCGCAUCUCUCCCCCCGCGGUCAUGGGAGCGCCCAAAAUGAUGGGCCGCUUUCCCCCCACAUGUGCCAGGGGGGGCAGGCGCAAAGUGCUCCUCCCCAAGGCAGGCAAAUCCCACUUCAGCGGAGCGCCCCACAGAGUAAACAAACUACAACACCUGGAGAAGCAGCCGGGGAUAUUCGAAAAAUUAAUACACAUCGGCAAGUACCACAUAGGCAAGUACCACAUCGGCAAGGAAACACUUCAUGAGGGGGAGGAAAAAGACGCGUUGCGCACCAAACUGACGAACAAGCAAAGCGUAAACCACUACGCAGAGAGCAUAAAGGCAGAUUACAACAGAUUAAAAAAGGAGUUGGCAAAUGGAAAGGAAAAAUACAUCAAAGGGAGGUACCAGGAGUAUCUGUUCGAUUGCAUACAGAAUAAUGACCACUCCAAUUUAAUUAUAGCAGACGUCAUUUACGAAAAAGAGAAAAAAAUUUUAUGUGUAGGUGAAGGCAACCUAUCCUUUAGUACCCUACUGCAGAGGAAGUUGCGCCAAAGUCAAGUAGUGGCCACCUCCCAGGAGAGCCCAAAUGUGUUGCUCAAAAGCUGUGGCGGCAUCUUUUCGAAGAAUUUAAAAAUGUUAGAAUCAUGUGGAGGUAUCUACGUUCCAGAAGUUCACGUGGAAAAAAUUGGAGAGCAUUUUCCCCACAAUACAUUUGACGUGAUUAUCUUUAACUUCCCAUUUGUCCUUCCAUCAGAUGAAUUCAUACAGACCAAGUGGAACCUCCAAAGGGAAAAGCUCCAUAGCGAUAGGAAUAUCUUCCUAAAGUAUUAUAAAAAGGCCGAGUACUUUUUACUUAAUAGGAUUUUUUAUUGGCUCUUUAAAAAUGGCUCCUUUCUACUUAAGGAGAGUGGCUUCCUACACCUCCGCGUUAAUGACAGGUACUUAACGUGCGACUUUGCCAAUACGUUUUCUUUAUCCCUCGUGGAGAAGGUCGAUUUCUCUUCUUCCUAUUUCGUUUAUAAGUCACUGGGGUAUGUCCCUAGCAUGAUGAAUGCCUGCGGGAAUUCCUCGAAGGGCCCCCCCGGCUGGACGAAGAACGUUAUGUUCACCCCCCGGGGGAAGGUCUUCAGGAGCUUCAAGAUGGGCCACACCUCCACGUUGGUUUUUCAGAAGGGGGGGGGGGUGGAAGCGAAGGUAGCGGUGGAUAGCGGUGGAUAGCGGUGGAUAGCGGUGGAUAGCGGUGGAUAGCGGUGGAUAGCGGUG